UGGCCGUCCUGCAGACAAAGAGGUUGAGGUGCGAGUUCGCCACUACUUGGGCGAUGAAUGGUAUCCUCGUAGCAACGAGUGGCUCGUGUGCAGCCUUAAAGCUGCAGGCGUCGGCGCUGAGGGGUCCCCCCUUCCAAAGCCUCGCUCCUACCCCGCCCUCAGACUGUAACCUGUAUUCUAGCUUCCUGAGCCCAUGUCCGACGCAUCGGUACGAUUUCUCCCAUCCGAGGAGAGCUUUCAUCACAUAUUUGCCACCUACUGCUCCACGCACGAAAGGCCCGUCGUGGAGCGUGUUUCAUUAUUCGAGGACAACUCGAUUGAGUUGUAUGCUCUAUUUCUCGAAGUCCUCAUAUGCGAUGGCUAUCUUGUGACUACUCGCCUUCGACAGUGGCCUAUGGUCGCGGCGAGGCUAGGACUGAUUGACCACCCGGCACGCUGGACGGCCGUAUCUGCAGAAUCGAGGGACAUCAUCGGGAGUCAGCUGCAACAGGUAUACGACGUUUACCUCUUCAAUCUGGAAUGUUGGGCAAUCGAAGAUGCCACGCGGGGAAUCGUAACGGAGUGGGCGGAAUCCAACGCUGUCGGCCACCUCCCGAACGACGCGUGGGCACUCAUGGACGACUUGUUGAACAAGAUCCCGUUUUCACCGGAGGAGCUCAGCCUCCAGAACGUCUCGCCGAGUGUCUUUGAACUGCUGGAGCAUACGAGGCCACUUUUGUGGCAUGUUCUUCGCAAUCGGCAAGAGUGCCAUCGGCGCACUGCCAUGCUGGCCCCUCUGGACGGGAAGGCGGCCGACAAGUGUGCGCGGCCGACAAGCCAGCCGGUCCCUUCGUCCUCACCAGCCGAACCUCGAGGGUCCUCCCGCAAAGGCCGCACUGGCGCUAGCCUACCACGAGCGGAAGAGGAUGGUUCGGAACCAUUUACGAGCGGCGAUCCCACGGCGGCGCACACCAGCGACCCGCGGGCAUCCGCGCAAAACCGCGGACAUUCGACGCCCUCAAGCAGCCAAGCCCCGCACGAUCAGCCAAUCCCUUACCAGAGCAUUCUCAAGCCCUUCGUGGCGCUUGGCGGAGCGCGCUCGCCCUCCCCGUCGGAGCUCAGCCAGGCCGCCGCAUGGAUCGAGGUCGUCAAGCAGGAGUUCGCUCGGAAGGCGGGCCAGCGCAGCCCGGCGCGGACGAUCCCCGACCCCGUCUGGCCGGUAUUUUACGGGCUCUUCAACGAGGUGUUCCAGGAAAUCUCGAGCCUGUUCCCGCGCCUCCCCUCGCUCGUAUGCAUGAUGCACGAAGAGGCCGCGCAUGAUCUCGUUUGUGACAUGCUUUUGGUGAUGGAGCAGAGGCGGUGCUUCGAUGGGGGCUCGAGGAUGGGUUUGCUCACCGUGCAGCGAUUGAGUUCGCUGCGCGAUUGGUUGCGCUUGUGGGCGUCGUUGGAAUGGUCGCCUCAGACGUAAAGCGGGUGGCUACUUUGGGUAGCAUCGGACCCUCCAUGAUUUACUGGACAUGUUUUUCAUACCAGACAGGACAGUGAUGUUUUGACACGGACACGUUCUCAUUCUGUAUCUCUACAACGUUAU